GCGCUCUCGGAACGGUGUUUUCCAACCUUUUGCUACUCUCCGACCAGAGUUGGUGGCUGUACCUCCUGCGACGUGGAGUUGCGAUGCUGCCCUUUUCUUUCCUCCGGGUGGCUCGGCCUCUGCAGAGAUGUGACCAACUGGUCAGGAUGGCUACUCGAGCUCAGCACAGCAAGGUGGCCCAAACUCAGACUGGAGAAGCAACCACAGGUUGGACAGGCCAGGAGAGUCUGUCAGACAGUGACCCUGAGAUGUGGGAACUACUACAGAAGGAGAAGGACAGGCAGUGUCGUGGCCUGGAGCUCAUUGCCUCAGAGAACUUCUGCAGCCGAGCUGCGCUGGAGGCCCUGGGGUCCUGUCUGAACAACAAGUACUCGGAGGGUUAUCCUGGCAAGAGAUAUUAUGGGGGAGCAGAGGUAGUGGAUCAAAUUGAGCGGCUGUGCCAGCGCCGGGCCUUGGAAGCCUUUGACCUGGAUCCUGCUCAGUGGGGAGUCAAUGUCCAGCCCUACUCAGGGUCCCCAGCCAAUCUGGCUGCCUACACCGCCCUUCUGCAGCCGCAUGACCGACUCAUGGGGUUGGACCUGCCUGAUGGGGGCCAUCUCACCCAUGGCUACAUGUCCGACGUCAAGCGGAUCUCUGCCACAUCUAUCUUCUUUGAGUCUAUGCCCUAUAAACUCAAUCCCAAAACCGGACUCAUUGACUAUGACCAGUUGGCAAUGACUGCUCGGCUUUUCCGACCACGGCUCAUCAUAGCUGGUACCAGUGCCUAUGCUCGCCUCAUUGACUAUGCCCGCAUGAGAGAGGUGUGUGAUGAAGUCAAGGCACACCUGUUGGCAGACAUGGCCCACAUCAGUGGCCUGGUGGCUGCCAAGGUGAUCCCCUCACCUUUCAAGCAUGCGGACAUUGUCACCACCACCACUCACAAGACUCUUCGAGGGGCCAGGUCAGGACUCAUCUUCUAUCGGAAAGGGGUACAGUCUGUGGACCCCAAGACUGGCAGGGAGAUACCUUACACAUUUGAAGACCGAAUCAACUUUGCUGUGUUCCCAUCGUUGCAGGGGGGCCCACACAAUCAUGCCAUUGCUGCAGUAGCAGUGGCCCUAAAACAGGCUUGUACCCCCAUGUUCCGGGAGUACUCCCUACAGGUUUUGAAGAAUGCUCGGGCCAUGGCUGAUGCCCUGCUAGAGCGAGGCUACUCACUGGUGUCUGGUGGCACUGACAACCACCUGGUGCUGGUAGAUCUGCGGCCAAAAGGCCUGGAUGGGGCUCGGGCUGAGCGGGUGCUAGAGCUUGUGUCCAUCACUGCCAACAAGAACACAUGUCCUGGAGACCGAAGUGCCAUCACCCCUGGGGGCCUGCGGCUUGGGGCCCCAGCCUUGACCUCUCGGCAAUUCCGUGAGGAUGACUUCCGGAGAGUUGUGGACUUCAUUGAUGAAGGAGUCAACAUCGGUUUGAAGGUGAAGAGUAAGACUGCCAAGCUCCAGGAUUUCAAAUCCUUCCUGCUCAAGGACCCAGAAACAAGCCAGCACCUGGCCAACCUCAGGCAAAGGGUGGAGCAAUUUGCCAGGGCCUUCCCCAUGCCUGGUUUUGAUGAGCGCUGAAAACACCUGGGAAUCAAGGCCCACAGACUCGAAAUUACUACCCCUGUCCCCCGCCUGCCUCACCUGGGCCAGUGGAAGGGCAUACUACUUACCAUUCUAUUUUUUGGUGGAGGAGGUAUAGUCCCCCUUGCCAGAAUUUGUAGCUGAUGUUUCUUUUUUGUAACUAGAUUUAGAAGGAGCCCCACUCUACCUCCAGCUUUCUGCCCUAAUCCUCUGCCAUUAUCAGUAUUAUAUAGACUCUUGCUCUUUCUUGAGGUGGGAGAGUUACCCAGCUGAGCCAGAGGAAGGAGUGGGUGGCACACUUCCUUUUUUUUAAUGUAAUAAAAUGCUCACCUGCC